AUGACAACUUUGACGGCAGCACUGACCAUCGCCCCGCCUCGCCGUCUUUGGGCGGGUGCGUUGGCGGAGGAGGACGCUCCUCCCCCACCAUCUAAAGGCGGUCGCCUCCUUCAGGCGGAAGGUUUGACGGAGGAGGCAGUGCCACGCACGCCAUACCCAGACUUCCUAGCGGACGAGGAAGCGGUCCCCCGUACACCGUACCUGGACUUCCUAGCGAACGAGGAAGCCGUCCCUCGGACUCCAUACCCGGACUUCCUAGCCGACGAGCAAGAGGUGCCACGUACGCCAUACCCGGACUUCCUAGCGGAUGAGCAAGAAGUGCCUAGAAUCCCAUACCCGAGUUUUCUUGCGAACGAGGACGUCGUCCCGGGUCGUCUCCUUCGGACGGACAACGCAGCGAAUAAGGCGGUGAAGCAGCAGCGAGAGGGACAAGUAGCGAGGAUUCUUGCCUCGGACGGGAUUGAAAAGACGGCUGGCGAGAGCUGGAAUGUGUUGCUCGGAGACGAGAAGCGGAGGUUCGAAGCGAUGGACAACGGAGAGGAGCGUCUGCUGGCUGAUCGCAGAGGCAAAAAGUAA